UCGGCCUUCACUAACAUUGGCACCUCUUCAUACCCAAUUUACAAUUAUAAGCCAAUUCCAAGCCAUAUCCACGGAGUUUUGAGAAAGCGGGCUUAUAUUGAACGCCAUUCCCAAUGUUCAGAUUCGCAAGCCUCCGAAAUUCGUGCCGCGCUAGAGAGUUGUGCCGAGCUCGCCUCGCUGGGCUAUCACGCCGUUAAAAGUGACAAUCGGUUAUUUCAAUUAAUUUUUAAAACUGACCGCACGGAUAGUAAAGACUUUGUUCAAAACAAUUUCAACAAAAUCUACCAGGAAUGUAAGAGGGACGCGGACGAAAUUUCUUUAUCCUGCCGCGAUACAAGUGUUUAUACGUGCGUCCGAGAUGGAGUUCAUAUGAUGGGCUAUGCAAAUAUCCACGAAAAACAAAUUGUGGUAUGCCCUAUAUUCUUCAAUGCCCCAGUAAGCAGCAGGAGAAUUACUGCAAGCAACCAAGAUACAGCUAUAUUACAUGAAAUGCUGCAUAUAAUUUUAAAUGAGUGGGAAGAUUAUGGUUACGAAUGGGAUGAGAUUCACAGGUAA